CGGGUACUCUAGACUGGAGGGGGGUAUCCGAUCGCCAUUUGGAUUUCCGUUAUUUUUCAUACCCGUUACCUAUACGCUAUACGAAUUUCGAUUUUUAUUUUUAAUUUUAUUCUUCUUUGCUUGUUUUUGUGAUUUUAGUUUCAGUAGUUUCAUUUUUUUACCGAUGUUAUUCAUUCAAUAUUGCUGAGAAUUAGAAGUAAGUACUUAUUAUACACGUUUAAUGAAAUAUUGCUGUAUAAAUUUAUGUAAAAUACUAUUUUUGUAUUAAUAGUUUUACAUAGCACUUGUAUUUGACAUCUUUAUUAAUCUAUUGGACAAUAUAGCAAAAAUUUGUUUUCGGAAUUCAAACGAUAUUUUAUGGCUUUAAUACCUAGAACAAUAAUUAUUACACAAAAUUACAGUCUACUACAUUAAUGUUCAAUUUUCAAAUGAAACGUGUAUCUUUGGUUAAAUAAAAGUGUCAAAAUAUCAAAAAAAAAUUCCAUUUCCCUUCCAUUAAAUGAUCUACGAUCCAAUUUUAAAUUUUCCUCAUUCUGAGGUUCUACUAGUUAAGAAUUGAACAUUCACAGCCAAGAUAUAUUUUUUAUAACUACCUAAAUUAUCAUCAAAAAGUCUAACAUAGCUUUUGAGUAUCAAAGGCAACCAACAAAAUUGUAAUCUAAUAUAUUUUUGUGGAAAAUGAAAUGCAGGACGUUAAAGGGGUAAGAGUACAGAAAAGAGAAAUUGUAUUUAAUAUUUAGGUCUAUUUUUUUGUCCUCGAGAGCCAGAUUCAAACCCGAUUUUUGAUAUUAAAUUUCUGAUAAACUUUGCUUAUUAAUUUAAAAUAAAUCUAUGAUAAAUUUUGUCUUCGAUUUGAUAAAAUAAUUGUUUGUUAUAAGGUUACUAUCAAGUUACUCCUACACAAUCAAUUAUAUUGUACAAUAUUUUUAACACAAAUUAGGUAUUCAAUAUUUUUGUACAGUACCCACUAGUUUGAGAAUAUGGUUCACUGAUAGCAGAUGAAUUAUUAAACCUACAUGUACAUAUUAUCCAAUAUUGCACUAUUGAUGUCAAAGAAUCACAAUCUUCAUUCAAUACUUGAACAGCAUACACUAUAUAUAUGUAUCAGACACAAUAAUAUUGUGCAAUAUAAUCAAUUGUGUAUAGCUGUAUAAGCUGCUGGCGCCUUAAGAAAGGAGACUUAAGAGCUGUUGGAACUCUGAAAACACAAUCUGAAAAAUUUGUCUGGUACAGUGUUUUUAAGAAAAUGUUUGCUGGAAACAGAGCUUCCAAUGAAUUCUUAUUGAAGGACAAUAACAUUCUGGUAUUAUACUAUAUAAAAAUAAUUUAUAGGAAUGACCAGAAUUGUAUUUUUCAGGACAGUACUUCUUUUUAAUGUUACCUUACUAAUUAUUUCAUGAGGAAGUCACAGUCCCUAUUUUAUUUUUCCAUUUCAAGUGCUAGCUAUUAAUACCAGUGAUAUUUAUUAAAACAUUUUUGAAUAUGGAACAAUUUGAAAUGUUUUUAAUAUUUAUUGGUGAAUCUAAAGUUUCCUUUGAAAUAAGAAUAAAUAUGCUCCUUUGUUCAUAACAAUUUGUAUUCAUGAUAUAAGAAAUAUUAGGUACUUACUAAAAUAAUAUAUCUUGUCAUCUGGUAAUUUUGGACAAAUAUUGGAAUGUAAGUUAUCUAUUUAGAAAUCAAGAAAAAAAAAUGUAAAAUAUUAAAUAUGAAUAUCUGUGAAAAUAACUUCUUAAUUAGAGGGGAGUUAACAUCUCAGAAUUGUUCUAUUAAUAUGUAUUUAAUUUAAUUUAUCUACUGUUAUUGAUAAAAAUUAAAAACUAAGCCCUAUAUAAAUUUUAAGUUAUCAAUACUUAGUUAAAAUUUCAGUCUUUAGAAAAUUACAAAAUGAAAAAUCAAUAUUAAUAUUUUAAAAUUGCAUUUUCUUGUUCUAUGGCCAACCCAACAUUAUCUAUGUUUUUGUAAUAAAUGAUAUUUAUUUAUUUUAAAUUCAUACAGACAGUGUCCAAUUUACAAUAUAUUAAUAGUUAUAAUAAUUAUAAUAUCGUUGUAACAAGUUGAGGUUAACAAUUUUGAAAUUAUAUAAGUUAUUAUAAAUUUAAUGAGAACGAGAAAAAUAAAAUAAAAUCAAAAAUGAAACUUUAUUUGAAUAAAUCACAAACAGAUUAUUAUUAAUUAAUUGAUUGUUGACAGAAGACAUUAAAGUAUUUAUUGGGUGAUUUAACAUGUAACUUAGGGUGUAAUUAGGAAUAUAAAGUAGUUGAUUAUUUCGUUUAUUUAUUUAAAGUUUAUCCGACUUAGAUAUCACUAUAAAUUAAUACAACAAUAACCAUGCAGCUUAAUAAAUUACAAAAUGAAACUAUUUACGAAUAAAAUAUUUAUAGAUUCACAUAGUUUUUUAAUUUGCUUAUUGUAAUUAUAAUUAUAGUGUAUGGUUAUUUUCAAUUUUUGAUUAGUAUUACAUACCUAUAAUAAAUUAAUUGUUUAUUAAUGAUCAUAUAUGGUUACUCUUAAUUACAUUUAUAUAUUCUAAUCCUAGAUUUCAAUAUAAAAGUAAUGGAGGAUUUAAAAGAAAAAGAUUCUACUGGUUCUUAUGUUGAACCAAGAAUACCAAGUAUAACUGGGUUUGGACAAAGAAGGGUCAAUGGAAAACCUAAGAAAGUGUUGGAUUAUUCUUUUGAAUUAAAUUCAGGAAUUCCAAAAAUUGAUGUUUGUCUUCGUUUAAAACCACGAUUAGAUGAUGGCUCACGUAGAGUAAGUUAUUAGAAUUUUAUGAGUACUUGUAAAAUAUAAAUUGACUUUAUGUUUCAUGUUUCAAAAUUAUUUUACAAUUGUCAUAUAUACAGUGUGAUGAUACAUUAGCAGUUUUAAAUGAUACUACAGUUUCAUGUUAUAAUGGGAAUACACGUGAAGAUGUUACUGAGUAAGGAAGUUACCGAUUAGAUUCGAACUUAUAACAAUUUUUUUUCUUUUUAUAGGUAUACAUUUUCUAGUGUAUUUGGUCCAAAUGUUGACCAAAAAGAAUUUUUCAACACAUGGGUGUAUGAUAAAGUAUUAAGGUUCUUAAAUGGAAACAGUGAGUUAUUGUUUGCAUAUGGUACAACCAAUGCAGGGAAGACUUAUACAAUGCAUGGUAAUUUAUUAAUAUUAAAUUUAUUAUUUUACAAUAAUAUUUACCAUUUUUAUUUUUAUAUUAGGAAACUUGAAUGAUCCUGGUUUAAUUCCUAGAACUUUGGUAUUUGUAUUUAAUACAUUAAAUAACAAGUUAAUGACACAAUGUAAGUACAAGCCUGAUAAAGUUAUGGCAGCACAUGUUUUGGAUGAACAGUUAAUGGGGCAUGAAGAAGAAAUCCGAAAUAAAAUUUUAAAUACUUUGUCUUAUGAAAAAAAUCAAGUAAUUUAGUAAACUUUUAUUAUGAAUUAAUGAAAUACUAAUCUGUUUAUUUAAGGAUGAUGAUAAGUAUUCAUCUCAAUUGGAUGAAGGUCAAAUAAUUAAUGGUAUUGAUCAUCUUAAUUCAAACAAUAUUGGAAAAAUAUUUGAUUUAUUGAAGAAUAAUGAGAAAGCAUCUUUGGACCACGGUGAUGUCUCCUACACAGUUUGGGCUACUUAUUCUGAAAUUUACAAUGAAUCAAUAUAUGACUUAUUUGAUAUUAAUUGUUCAACGAGCCAAAAACGAAUACCUCUUAAACUUACACUUGAUCAAAAUAAAAAUGUUUAUGUAAAAGGUAUGUGCUUCUUAUAUAUAUAUAUAUAUAUUUUAAUUUCUUUGGAUCAUAUUCUAUAAAAUAAACUAGUUAUAACUGAUUUAUUGUUAUCAAAUUAUGACCAUUUAUUUUCGUAUAUAUAAAUAAAACAGCUGGACCUAUUUUGAUAAUAUCUGAUUUGUCUCCUUCUCGAAUAGCAGAAUAACUAUUUAAAUAUUGGAGAUUCAUGUAAAAAAAAUUGUAGGGGUUUUUAGGUAUAUUUGGUACAAAUAUCUAAUUGCUUAUUUAUUUAUUUUUGUGUGACCUGUGUAAGCAAAUUUUAGGUUCAAUUUCCAAAAUGAUUUUUGAUCUAUUCAUGUGUACAUUUCUAUUCAUUAAUUUUAAUUUUGAGGUUUUAUGUUGACUAACAAAAAAUAUUCAAAAAUUUGAUACAAAGUUCAUUAAUAAUUCAAAAUUUCAUGAUACAUUUUUUUUAUGGUACUAUACAAUUGUAAACAAAUUAUGUUUUUUUUAUAUAUGGUUUUUUUUAGAUAUAACUGAUAAAAAUUGAGCUCUUCUUUUAUUAUGACAAAAGACUAUUGUAAUUACCUAUGUAGUUAAAUAUUGUAAAAGAAUAACUUUAAACUCAAAUGUAUAUCUUUCACUGGUAAAUGGCAUCAUGUACUAAGUUGGUUAAUAAUGAUUAUGGAUAUAUAAUAACUUUUUUAUUUACAUAAUUUGUUUUUGCUUAUUAUUAUAAAUUAUUUAUUUUUACAGUUAGUACUGUUGUGAUAUUUUGAAUUGUACAACAUUACUGCUGCAUGGCAAGCACAUUUUUUAGUGCCUUAACCACUUUCAUAGUUACAUCUUGUGUACCUUUGAUGACCAGCUACUCCUUGUCCCUCAGCUUUGUGAAGUUAUUUCCUUUUUUAUUUUUUCCACUGCUUCAUCGUAGUAUGAAUUUCUCAUUACACGAGGAAACUUGUGCUCUUGUGUAUUUAUAUAUCAACAUGCCAGAUGACAUGUAUAAAUUAUGUAAUUUAAUGUUAAUUAUUAUUAAAUAAAAUAAUAAGUGCCUAGCUAAAUGUUGGUACCAUGUACAUAAUGUGCAAAAGAGGUUGUGCUUGUUAUGCAACUGCAAGUUUGUACAAUACAAAAUGUCAUAAUAACUGUAAAAAUAAAUAAUUUAUAAUAUUAAUGAUAAUAUCUUACUUAUAAACAAAAACAAAUUAUUUAAAUAAAAAUGAUUUUACACCAAUAAUCAUCAUUAAUCAAUAAAUUUAGUAAUUGAUGUCAAUAACCAGGGAAUGCCUACACAAUUACAACAUUUACUGAUUUUUAGGAAAAUUAUAUUUUUCAUAACAUAUAUAUUUAUAAACAUUUUUUUUAGGUCUUACUCAUGUAUUUAUUAAAUCUGCAGAAGAAGCAUAUAAAGCAAUGUCUUUUGGUAGAAAUAACUUAAAAAUUGCAAGCAAUACUUUAAACAAAUCUUCAAGUCGUUCACAUUGCAUUUUCACAUUAAAAUUAAUGAGAGUAGAAAAUGUGGAAUCCCCUUCAACUGCUGUCAUUAGCAGGUUUAGUGUUUUCUUUAAAAAAAUUUUAAUGGAAGCUUUUAAUUUUUGAAAUUUACAAUAUUCUUAAUUUUUAGUAUUACUUUUUGUGACUUGGCUGGUUCUGAACGUCUUAAAAAAACCAUGAACAUUGGUGAUCGACUUGCUGAAUCUAAAAAAAUAAACACAUCACUGUUAGUACUAAAUAAAUGCUUUUCUGUACUACGGUAUGUAUUUAUUUAAAUUUUAAUAUUUUUGAAUUUAUCUAUUAAUUUAUCAUUUUUAUACAUUACUUAAAGUGACAAUCAAAAACGCGGAGAAAAUCAUUUAGUUCCAUUUAGAGAAUCUAAAUUAACCCAAAUGUUCCAAACUGCUUUAACAGGCAUUAAUCGAACUGGUAUAUCAAUGUCUGUUAAUGUUGAUAUGUCUCCUAGCCUAUUUGAAGAGACAAAACAAGUAUUAUUUAUGUCCGCUAUUGUGCGUUCUAUCGCUAAGUCAAAACCAAAAAACAAUUCAAAACCAAGGCCCAGUUUUGUUGUAUGGGCAGCUAACAACGGAAAAAACUCUACACAAGCCAAAUUUAAACAAAGUAUUUAAAAAUUAUAUAUAGUUCACUGGAGAUAUAUAACGAAAUUUUUUUUGCCUCUAAAUGUAAUGAAUUUAUACAAUUUUGGAGUUUGAUGUUGCAAAUUUGUAUUAAUACAUAUGCAUAUAAGCUAUACACAUCUGCAAAUAUGAUUGCUAAAAAUAUAAAAUAAAAAUAACUUAAUAUUACAGUGCUUGUUUAUCAUGCCAUAAGAUAAAAUUAAUGUUGAUAAAUAUAUAAUGACUACAACAUUAUUGUACCCUCUAUGUAUCGUUUAACUUUGUUUUGUCAGAAAUUUAAAAAAAAUUUUAAAUCUAUGUAAAGAACUUUUGAUAUAACAAAUUUUAUCCUCAUCCUUUGAAAUUUGUCAUGUCGCUAGUAUAUUUUAUUAUAUAUUCAUAUAUACAGAGUGAUCAACAUAAUGUGAGGCACUCAUGUCUUGAAAAGUAUUAACUUUUAUAAGAAUUUUUUUUAAAUCAUUUUUAAGAAAAUAGUUCCAAAAUGUUACAUUGCAGUUACUUUUUGUAAUUUUUGUCGUCCUUUAUAAAUAAGGGGUGAAACCUCUACCUAAUUUUUAAUUUUCAAAUAGCUAUUUAUCCUAAAUAUUUUAUAAAUAGAAAAAGUAUUAGAUUAAAUUUUGAUGUUGAAAUGUUUAAUUUCUGUCGACCUCUUCAAUAAGAUACUGCACUUUUAAGUUUAGGGCGGGCAGAUUGGUGGAACAUUAUUAUAAUGCUAUUGUAUCACUACACAAAUUGGUGCACCACUAUUCUCCCCCAUCCAAAUUUUAUAAUUAAAACAUUUUGUCAACUGGUCAAUUAAAAAUUUCAACAUGAAAAUCAUUUUAAUCUAGUACUUUAACUAAUUAAUGCAAUUUUUUAGUACAGGUUGCCAUUUGUAAAUCAAAAGUAUGUAGUGGUGUCACCCUCUAUAAAAAAUAAGUUAAUGUAACAUUAUAUACAUCUACUUAUUUUUACAUAUUUAAUAAAAAAAAAUUCCAAAACAAGUUAACACAUACCAUGAAUUUCUUACGUUAUGUUGGUUCUAUUAUACCUGUAUAUGAUAUUGCAAAUAUAUUAAUAUACAUAACAUAUAUCUUAUAGAUACAAUUUUUGAAAAUACAGAUUGUGACUGCUCAAAUUCAGAAAAAAAAGUAAUUUUUCAUGACUUUUCAUUUUUAUGUAUAUAUUUAUCAGUUAUUUUUUUACACAAUUGUUUUUCUGUAUAGAUUGAUAAUAAAGAUUUAGAAACAAAGGUACUCGAAGAAAAAAAGAAACUCAAACAAGAAUUGCUUUCACAAUUUAAUAAAAUGUUGACUGAUAAUAAUACAUUCUAUAAGUAAUUAAUUUUUUUAUAAUAUUCCUACAUUAAUUAAAAAUGUUUUUUUAUCUUAUUGAAUUAUUUUUUUAUUUUUAGUAAGCAAAAAGAAACUGCACUUAAAAAUAAAACAGAAAUGUAUGAAUCUAAAAUUGAACGAUUAAAAUCAUAUUACUUGGAAAAAAUUCAAGAGAAAGAUGAAAAAUUAACUGUAUGUUCCUCUAUUCUUAAUGGAUAUAUAUAAAUAUCAUAAAUGAUUUAUAUAUUUGCAGAGUCUUUUAAAUUCGAAACAACACAACUACACAACUAACUAUGUAAAUAAUAAGAGUGAAAUUGAGAAUUAUGAAUUUCGGAUUGGUGAAUUUCAACUUCAAAAGGAAGAACUUGUCGCUGAAAUUGAUGUAAAGCAAUAAAAUUUCCCUUACAUAAAUAAUAUAAUUUUAAUUUAAUUUAAUUUUUUAGACUUUAAAAACAGCGCAUCAAGAAGAAAUUGACAUUAAAAAUCUAGAGAUAAAAGUAAUAACAAUUUUUUUUAAAUUAUGUAUAUACCUAAAUUAAUUAAAAAAAUUUUCAACACCUAAAUUAUAUAAGAGCUGAUAAUUUAUUGGAGUAAAUUAAUUAAAGUAAAUGAAAAGGAAAUUAUUUAAAGAAAAAGAAAAAGUAAGAAGAUGUAGUGCAUAGAAAAGGAUAAUUGUAUUAAUAAUUUGUUGUCUGAAUGUGAAGAAGUGAUUGAAAGUUUGUUAAAUGAGGAAUAUCUGAGAGAAAGAAGCUCUAGAGCUGCUGGGAUGAGUAUUGUUUAAUAAUCUAAAAAACAGUCUAGUUGAAAUAUAGAGCUAAGUAAACCUCAAAUAGUAGAAAAAAUGUAAUAAUAUAAAUUAAAUUAAUUUUGAUUUCUUUUUAGAACUUAAAAAAUGUUCAGGCUGAGCAGCAACAAGAUCUUGAUGACAAAAAUCAAGAAAUUGAAGUAAUAAUAAUUAGAUUAAAUUUAAAUAUAAGUUAAUUAAUUCCUGUUUUUAUUUACUUUAGAAUUACAAGAUUAUGUUAACCGAGGCUAAUUUAGAAUAUGAAAACAUGGAUGAUAAUUUAAAUAAAAUGUAUAAUAAAUUUGAUGAAGCGUGUCAACUAUUAGAAGAAAGGGUAAUUUAUUUUAAAUAAUUUUGUUUGAAAUAUGAAUUGAUUAGCUUGAAACUAAUAGAAUAUUAUUUUAUAUAAUUUACUUUCCUCUUUAGAUAUGAAAUUAAUUUUUGACUAACUAAAUAUUAAAGUCCAGUCAUUUUAAUUCCAAUUUAGAUAAUAUUAUUAAAAAUAAAAAAAAACCUUACACUGAGGCGAAUGUAUUUGUUUUAAGUGUGACAGUGUAAUACAAAAAGUUAUUUAAUUUUUAUCUGUAAAAACAAACUACUGCAAAUAAUAUACAAUUCUGAGCGAAAGUUUGGUUAUACAUUUGAUAUACAUUAAGAAAUCUAAUAUAUUCAUCUAUAUAGUGCCUACCAAAUAAAAACUAGAAAAAAAAACAACUAUAAGUAUAUUGUGAAACAUUUAGUUCCACAAUAAUUUGUAUUUGAUUUACAACACUAAUAUUAAUCCCUUAUUUUUAUUAAUUAACACAAAUUUUUAUCUAUAAUUUCCUAAGUUGUUUCUUAUUUAAAAAAAAAAAAAAAUACUACAUAAACUCUACUUUUAUAUUGUUCGCCACUAAGUAUAACUUUAAAUGAACUUCUAGUUAAAUACUUAAAUAUUUAAAUUUGGUCUAACAAUUUUAUUCAAAAGUAUCUAUCAAAUAUAUAUUAUGUAAAAAGCUCAUAAAUAAAAAAUGUCUAUGAAUAGGUUAAAAAUUGCUCAAAUGUUUUAAACAUUUUACCACCCAAGGCAAACAAUAUAUUUUCUGUCCAAUUUUCAAGUUAACAAAUACUUUUAACUGAAUUUCAACAAAAAAAAAAGGUGUCUUAGGAUAAUGGGGAUUGGUGAACUAUUGUAGUUGGGAAGCUAGAAUACAAAAUAGAAUUUAAUGUAUAUUUUUAACCAUCAUUAAAUUAUUGCUAAUGAAAAAACGAUGCUGAAUGAAGUUUGACUUAUAGUAAAUACUCUGUGAGCAAUAUAAGUGUUGUAUUUUUUUUUUUCUAAAUGCUUUACAGGCCAUUUAGAUUUUUUGUGUGCUUCCACCAAGUUUUUCCAUCCAUUUCGGUUCUUUGCGUCAUCUUUGAGUUGUCAGUAUCUAGAAUAUAUUUAUUAUUUAAUAUAUUUAUCCUGCCUAACCAUCUUUGACGAAGUCUUUUUAUUGGUCACUUUUUUGUUGGGUUUUUGAUUAAGGCAUUCUUGUAAUAUUUUUGACGGCUCACCAAACAUGGCCAGCCCACUUCAACCGUUUUUGCCUUUAGGAAUAAUCUAAUAUUCGGCUUGUUAAAUAACAUUAACAGAUUUUAUCUUUUCUUAUCUCAUAUUCAGUAUUUUGAAAGUUAACAGAUUCGUAGAUUUUAAAGUAGAAUUUUCCUUUCGAAGGUGAGUGUUUUUUCUUUCUUUCCUUAUGUUGACUAUGUCUCACAAGUGUACUAUGUUUCUAUUGGACAUAGAAACUAAGUAUACAGUUUCUCUUUUAUACCUUUGGGCUGUAGUUUAGAACUUAGCAUCUUAUUCAUGGCAAAAUAUGCUUUAUUUGCACUAUUUUUUUCUUAAUUGGAUAUCAUACAUAUUAUUUUAGAUUCUGAGUGGAGCAAAGAAGCUUAUGGUUUUACAAAAAUUUUUAUUUUUAUUUUCUAUAGUCAAUUUUUUUACCAACAAUUUUGGCUCUAACUUUUAAUGAUAACAAUUUUAAUAAAAGGAAAUUUCACUAAGGUGGUACUUUAAGGAAGAUUUUUCUUGGCAAAUUUGAAUAAUUGGAAAAAAAAAUGUAGGAAAACCAGAGAAAUUGGUACAACAUUAAACAAAUAUUAUUAAAGAAAAUAUAUAUAGCCUAUUUAAUUAUUUUACUAUAAUAUGGCAUAUAUAUUGUUAACAAAGCAUCACUAUUGGUUAAAUUCCGGUUAAAAUUGUUUUUACGUUAGCAAUGGUUUAUUGUUGCUUAGUUGUACAUAAAAUUCCUGCCUAUCUUAACUUCCCAUCUACAUCAGUGGCUGCAUCCGUCCACAUUAUCUCAUCUUUCUUUUUUUGAAUUUAUGUUCACUUCAAGAUACUUGAGGGCCCACUUUUAGUCUUGAAUGUCCAGUUAUAAGUAUUUAGUUUUUUCCUCAUUAAGUUUCAUUUUAUGAUUGGACUUGAUUAAUUUCUCUGUGGCCUUAAGCACAUCACUUUCUGUAUCUCUUAAUAUUACAAUAUGUCAAAUUAUGAUAAAAUAAUUAAAUAGACAUUAUAUGUAUUAUUUAAUAUUGAUCCGACUUUUCUAUGUUUUUUCCUGGUUUUUAACAUUUGCCGGAAAAAUCGAAAAAUAACCUCUUUUAAGUAAUUUCCCAGUAAGAUUUCUGUUCAGAAAGAGUACUUUCAUUGUAAAUUGGAGCAAAAUUAUUGGUAGAAAAGUUUCUCAAUAGAUUAAUUGAAAAAUUACCGCUCUACAGUUACAUCCCCAGUCAGAAUUCCUUUAAAAAAAAAAAGUGCUAUCAUUGUAAAUCUGAAAAAAAUUACUGGUAGAAAAGUUAUCUUUGGAAAAAAAAUAUAUCUUUGUAAAACUAUAAGCUUCUUCGCUCCAUUUAGAAUCCAAAACAAAAUUGAAAAUAAUAAAAACAUUUUUUUUUCGUUAAUUUUCCCAAUUAUUAUUGGUAACUUUUUUAAAAAUGCUCUUCCUGAGAAUGUGCUACACUUGAAAAUCGCACCAAGGUUUUGUUUUUGAUAGAAUUUUUGUACACAGUGUGAAAAAAAAAAUAAACAUUGUAAAACUACUAAUACUAUCCUCGCUUCGCUCAGAAUCUAAAAAAUAGUUUCUUGUUUUUUUCUAUUUGAGUAAUAUUUCUAAUAGAAAAAUAUUUUCCUCAACUCAAGGUUAAUAUUUUAACUAUUUUAUUAACACCUUAGUGUUAAAUAUGGUGAUUGUUAGCAUAAUUACUCUGUUAUAAAAAGAAAGAUAUUAACAAUCUAAUAAUUUAUUUUUUUAGGAUAUGGAAAUUGAAAGAUUAACAGGAUCAUUGGAAGCAAAAGAAAAUCUUAUUACCGAAAUGGAAAAUCAACAAGAACUACAAAUAGCUGAGUGUGUAAGAUAAUUUUUUUAACAGUAUUCAUAAAUUGUAUAAAAGAAUUAAAGGAUUAUGUAAAUAUUUGUCUAUAUUUAUUAAACCAAAUUUGAAACAUUAAGUGUUGGAUUGGAUUGAUUAAUAAUUAUUAUUUUAAAUAACAAAUUGUGAUAUAGUAUAUUGUUUGACUAUUUAUAAUAGUUUAUUUAUAAGAAAUAUGAUUUUUUAAAUGUUUUUUUUAUAAAAUCCUUUCAGGCAGAAAAAAAAAUCCUAGAAUAUAUGGAAGAAAAAUUACAAGAAAUUGUUAGUUUAGAAGACAAUUUAAAAAAAGAAAAAAUGAAACACAAAAAAUGUUUGCAGGAUAAAUCUGAGAUCGCCAAGGAGUACCAAAAUUUAAAACAACAAUAUCGGAUCCGGGUAUAAUUUAUUUUGUCAAUUUUAUUUAUUUUUCUCUAUUCGUUAUUCUUUAUCUCUGUCUUUUUUUUUCGAUUAGGCUAAAUAUGUCAAUCAGUUGACAUCAAGUAACACUGUUUUAUCUUCAGAAUUGGCGGGUUCGUUAAUAUUUUAUAUGUGUAUUAAUUUAUAUAACAUUUUAAUUUAUAAGAUUUUGUUAUGUAUUAGACAUCAAGUUAAAAAUGACUGAAUUAAAAGAACAAGCAGCAGCAUUAGAAUCUACAUUGGCGUAAUUAGAAAUUGACUUAAAUAUGUUUUUAUUUAAAUUUUAAUUGUUCAUUAUUUUAAUUAUAGAGAUAAUGAAAGAAGAUAUAAUAAAGAACUACAAGCUGCCCUGAAGGAAAAAUGCGAGAAACCUGAAUCUAAAAGUAUAGCUGUAUUAACAGAUAUAAGUAAUGUUCAAUUAGUAAGUUAUUUAAUUAUUGAAAUAUGUUGAUAAAUAAUUUUGAGUAUUAAUUUAUUUUAUAUAUGUACACUUAUAGCCUUUGACAAUAAUCACAGAUUCUGAUGGCAAAGAAAAUAAGGUAAAAUGUAAAUUAUAUAGUUUUAUAAAUUAUAUAACUUUAAAAAAUGUUAAAUGUUUGUUUUUAGAAUACUGAAAAGAAAUCCACAAGAAAAUGUAGAAUCAAAACUCCUAUGUCAAUCACAAAGUAAGUAUUUUAAGUUAUAUCAUUAGUGGACUAAUAGAUGAAAAUCUACAAUUAUAAAUUGAUUAUUAUGUAUGAUUAAAACGCAAAUUAUUUGUUUCAGGAAAGGAAAGAAUAAUAAAUAUGGUAAUUUAACAAUAUAAAUGUUGUAUAAUUUUUAUAAAACUAACUUUUAAUUUUAUCAGGUGGUACUCCUGAAAUGUGCGAAAAGAUGUUGGACGAAGUCAUAAAUAAUAUACCCAUAAGUACACGUAAACGUAGAUUAUUUGAUAACAAACCACCAUUGGCAGACAAUAGUAAUAUCCCUUCUGUAAGUAUUGACAAUUUGUUUUAUAAAAUUUGAAUAUUCAAAUAAUUUUUAAAUUUUUGUGAAUAGGAUGAUCUAUUGGAUUCUAUACUUACUCCUACUAGUGCAUUGCAUCAAACUACAAAAUUCCGUAUUAAAAAAUAAUCCCAAGCAGUAAUGUAAUUGUAUG